GUCGUUUGACAAAGUCGGAUCGCGGGUCGUGCAAUUUUAAAAACAAAAUCAAAAUGGCCGCUGAAAAAUCUAACCGGAAGAAGCGUAUGUCCUGUGAAGAAAUUAUGCAAUUGUUGGAAGCGUACCGAAAAAACGAGUGUUUGUGGAAUUACAGCAAUAUUUUCUACAAAAACAAACAAAAAAGAAUAGGAGCGUUGGAGUGGGUUAGAGAGGCAAUUGGAGCAGAGUCGGUCGACGAAGUGAAACGCAGAUGGAAGGUUAUCAGGGACACAUAUAACAUCGAGAAAAACAAAAUAAAUGCUUCCAAGAAGUCUGGAGCUGGUGCUGCGGAUAUCUACCAUACGAAGCUUUCAUGGUACAAAACCGCAAACGAGUUUUUGGCAAAGUGUGAUGCUAGGGAGUCCUACAACAAUAUUGAAGACAAUUUAGCUGUCUCAGAAACUGUACCUGUAGCUCUGGUAGAGAAUAGAGGACCAAUAGGCUACGAAUCCCUGUCAUCUUCGGAAUCGGUAGAGGAUCCAGCAGAUCAGAUCAGACAGUAUGAAGAGGAAUAUGCGAGUAUGUUCGAAAACGGGGAAAAUUCUCGCUCGUAUGCCGAUCGAAAUCAGAAGUUGGCACAGACGGCACGAGAUCACGCACCGGUAACUGCACCUUCCAAAAAGGUGCAAAAACGUAAAGGUCCUACCUUGCAAUCAUCGGCCAAAGGCAAGAAAAGUCAUGAAGAAGCUUUAUCUCCACACAUACAAAAUGCACUCAGCAAACUGGACACAAUACGAUCAUCGGUAGCACCAACAGCAGCAACUGUUCAGGAUGAAUUCUAUUAUUUUACUCAGAACUUGGCUGCUCAACUAAGAAAACUGCCGAGGUUGACUGCCUUGAUUCUGCAGGAGGAGCUACAGAGACUCGUAUCUCAAGAAAGCAUCAAGUACGAAUCGAUCAUGGCGCAAAAAAAUGAGAAUGUUGCAGCUCGUUCCAUCAACCGUCAGGCUACUCCCCAUUCUCCAGCCUGUUUCGGAUCAACACAAGUUUCAAUAGGUGGAACUGAACGUAUUUUAAAUGGUGACUUGGGUCGUUCGGAAUCCUCUACAAUUUCCCCCAAUUCAAGUUCGCCAACCGAUGAUGUAAAUUUCGUAAGCCCGCUCGUCGAAAUUACAGAAAAUCCACCACUAGUUAUUGAGGAGCCUAUCAUUGAUGGAUCUGAAAACGCUGGAGCCGAAGAUUUAGCAACGCAAGUUGGGCUGGAUAUGGAAAUGAACCGUACGGUACUCCAAGUGACAUCGCAAGCUACUGAUACAAUUACGCAACGUAGUGUCCCGUAUCACCAACACUUCUCCGUCCCCAUAUAUUUUCAAGGAUCAAAUCAGGGAUCGAAUGAUCAUGUACAGAAUCAGUUACAUGAUUAUUAUAAAAUUGAUCAACCAAUUAUUUUAUCACAAAUAACUGAUUCAGGUUUUUCUCAGUUAAGUGGUGAACGCAACGAAAAUUCUCAAGUUGAGGACAAACUAGUACAGAUUGUGCAAGCCUCAUUUGGGAACGAGCUCUAA